GCUGUGGUCAUGAUACUGAUCAUAAUAAUGAUAGAAGGUGGCCACGUUGAAGGAGGAGAAGUGACAUACGAUGGAAGAUCUCUCAUUAUUGAUGGGCAGAGAAAACUUCUCUUUUCUGGUUCUAUUCACUAUCCUCGUAGCACUCCUGAGAUGUGGCCAUCUUUGAUAUCAAAAGCCAAGGAAGGAGGAUUGGACGUCAUUCAAACCUAUGUGUUUUGGAACCUCCACGAGCCCCAACUUGGUCAGUAUGACUUCAGUGGAAGAAACGAUCUGGUGGGAUUCAUAAAGGAAAUCGAGGCUCAAGGGCUAUAUGCUUGCCUUAGGAUUGGUCCUUUCAUAGAGGGUGAAUGGACUUAUGGGGGGUUUCCAUUUUGGUUGCAUGAUAUUCCUGGCAUUGUUUAUCGAUCGGACAAUGAACCCUUCAAGUUUUACAUGCAAAAUUUUACAACAAAAAUAGUGAAGAUGAUGAAGUCAGAGAGUCUAUUUGCUUCACAAGGAGGUCCAAUUAUACUGUCACAGAUCGAGAAUGAAUAUGGAAACAUUGAAGCAGCAUUUAAGAAAAAAGGAGCCUCUUAUGUUCGUUGGGCGGCUAAAAUGGCGGUUGAGCUCCAAACUGGUGUACCAUGGCUUAUGUGCAAGCAAAUUGAUGCUCCUGAUCCACUUAUUAACACUUGCAACGGGAUGAUGUGUGGAGAAACUUUCAGUGGACCCAACUCACCAAAUAAGCCAUCAUUAUGGACAGAGAAUUGGACAUCUUUCUUCCAGGUAUACGGUGGGAAGCCAUACAUAAGAUCUGCUGAAGACAUCGCAUUUCAUGUGGCACUUUUUAUUGCAAGAAUUAACGGAAGCUACAUAAAUUAUUACAUGUACCAUGGUGGAACUAAUCUUGGGAGAACAGGCGCCGCAUAUGUCACCACAAGUUAUUAUGAUCAAGCUCCACUAGAUGAAUAUGGACUAAUAAGGCAACCUAAGUGGGGGCAUCUUAAGGAGUUACACGCUGCAAUGAAACAAUGCUCUGCAACUUUACUGCAAGGAGUGCGAACAAAUUUCUCUUUAGGUCAAUAUCAAGAAGCCUAUGUUUUCCAAGAAGAGACUGGAGGAGGUUGCGUAGCAUUUCUUACAAAUUAUGAUGGCCAUAAUGUUACUGUGCAAUUUCAAAAUACAGCAUUUGAAUUGCUUCCAAAAUCAAUCAGUAUUCUACGAGACUGUGAAACUGUAAUCUUUAACACGGCAAAGGUGAAUACAGAACAACAUAAUAAGAGAAUCUUAAAACGUACCCAAAAGUUUGAUUCAAGUGAUAGCUGGGAAGAAUUCAACGAUGUCCUCCCCAAGAUGGAAGAUACAUCACUAGAAUCGAAUACAUUUCUAGAGCAAAUGAAUACAACCAAAGAUAAAUCCGAUUAUCUCUGGUAUACUCUUAGGUUUGAACACAACUUGUCUUGCACUAAGCCAGUACUUCAUGUCGAAUCUUUUGGGCACGUUGCACAUGCUUUUUUGAACAACAUUUAUAUAGGAGCUGCACAUGGAAAUCAUAACGUGAAGGGAUUCACAAUGGACAUUCCGAUAAUGUUAAAUGAUGGGAUCAACAAUAUUUCUAUAGCAAGCGUUAUGGUCGGCCUACCGGAUUCAGGAGCUUUCCUAGAACGCAAGUUUACUGGCUUAAGAAAAGUAGAAAUUCAAUGCACUGAAAAAGAGUUCUAUAACUUUAUAAACUUCACGUGGGGAUAUCAGGUUGGACUGCUCGGAGAGAAGUUACAGAUUUAUAGGGAAGAAAAUCUGGAUAAUGUAGUGUGGAAACAAAGUACUGAAACCUCAAUCAAUCGAACAUUUACAUGGUACAAGACAUUUUUCGAUGCACCAAUGGGAAAUGACCCCGUGGCCUUGAACCUUAGCACAAUGGGGAAAGGUGAGGCUUGGGUUAAUGGCCGAAGCAUUGGUCGUUAUUGGGUUUCUUUCCUCGACUCUAAUGGCAACCCAUCACAAACAAUGUAUCAUAUUCCUCGAUCGUUUCUCAAAAUUUCUGGAAAUCUUUUGGUUUUGCUCGAAGAAAUUGGUGGAAACCCUUUUCAGAUUUUCUUGAAUACCGUCUCGAUUAUCAAUGUACGUGAAGAUAUCACUUAUUAUCACCUUUCUCAAUAA